GGCAGGCAGGCUCAAAGAGCAUCCUGCUCUUCAGCUGAGGUAAUGAUCAUUGGUUUGAAUAUGCCUGCCUUUUUCCCAAGAGCAUGCAGUUGUGAUACAUGAGUUUGGGUAUGUACAUGGGUAAUAAACCUCGCCAUCUGCAGCAAAACCAGUUGAACAGCAUGUUUAUCGAAACUCUCCUUAAGAGCCAUUGCCUCUUGAAGGAGCAUAGCUCAUAUGAGAGGAGUGGGACUGUCUCCAGCCAGCCCUGGGAGACGAUGCUGAGAGCAUAUUGAAAAGCUGUCUUCAGCAAAAGCUUGCCAGUUUAACAACUCUGUUCGCUGUUGCUAUUGCACAGUGGGCUCUUUGACGCAACAGAAAGAGCUGCCUUUUUUUUUUUUUUUUUUCCUUCCUCUUAAGUCUGCCUGGCCAAUUUAAAGCUUGUGGAUAUUUCUUCUCCCUCGGGGAAAGCUUAUGAGAGGAUUUUCUUUUUUAACAGUUCAUUCCCUGAAAUAUUUUUUUUUUCCUGUUUACUGUUAGAAAAUGUUGGAGCUGAGCACAAGGCUUUCAGUGCAGGUCAGUGGAUGAAAUCUUGAUCAAAGCAUUUAACAUUUGAGUGUAGCUUUAACAAUCACUGUGGCUUGGGAGGAAAAAAACAAGUUAACAAGGUUGUAUCAUGUGAACCUCUGUGUGCCUACUACUGGAAUGGGAAUCUUUCCAAGUCUUCAGUGACCAAGUUCUGCACAGAUGAAUUUACCAUCUUUCUUUUGUAGACAAAUGUACCGAAUUAAUAUUUUAUUGAGAAUUGAGGUGAUAUCACAGUUAUGUCUGUAUUAUUUAAUUCCUGGAUGUCUCUACUCCCUCAAAAUCACACUUUACUGGGAAGCACGUGCUGUCUGCAGGGAAGAUAGUUAUUUGCUAUUAUGUAUUUCUUCUUAGAUUGCUAUCAAGGGACUAGGAAAGGAUGUAGACAUAUUGUUAAUGUCUCUCUUCAAGCUGUAUUUGAGCUUUGAGAGGCUGAAGCAUUAUUUAUGAAGAUCAGUACAGCUAAAAGAUGUCACUGCAACAUUGACCACAUUCAACUGCAUUGAAAAUGGGAUUUGUGUUGGAUACCACUGUUGCUCAUUUUGGAGAUAAAUAUGAUUCUAGCAAAAUCUCACUGUGAUGUGUGCUGCUGUGAAGAUGUUCAAACACCUACAUGGAAACUAAUUGCAGCUUCUGCCAUUCACUGCCUCUAUUGAAAAAAGAGACUGACUUUUAUAGUGCAUCCAUAGGAAGCAUCUCCACUACAGCCUUUCACCACACAGGAGACAGACUGAAGAAGUAGGCAGCUGGCAAAUGUGAAAGCAAUGAAGAGGUGUUCUGAGGCUGACAGUGCUUUUUAUAGUGCAUGCAUUUUCUGGGAAGAGCAUAAGAAGGGAGAUAAACAGGGGACGAUUGUGGAAAGCUGAGAAAUAGCUGUAGCAGAUCAAGAUGUUCCAAAGAGAAGAUCACAGCAAAAAGGUUGUCAGGCUUCAUCAGCCACCAGCUGAUCCCAUUGGAGCAGCAUAGGUGUUGCCACCAGGACUGGGAGGUGUCCUGUCUGCUUCACAGCUUGUCUUUUGGUCCUGCUGGAUAAACAUGAGAGAGCGCCUGAUAUAGAGGCAGAGUACACUUUUUAAGAGAGCUGACAAGCCAGUUCUUGAACAUACAUGUAUCUCUGUAAGAGCUCUCCAAGUCCAGAGGCCUCUGUGUCAUUGCAUGGACAUAAGAACUGUUGCAUAUGUGCAGUAAGACUGCUUUUUGAGCAAUGAUGCUCCGACGUGGACUUAUUCUGUUUCUCCCCCGACUUGUAGGCUUGCUGGUGGUGGCCUGCUGCUCAGUGUCAAUUGUUUAUAUGCUAGCUUGCACACCCAAGGGUGAUAACCAGCAGCUCGCCUUGCCCAGGGUGCACAGUCCGACUGUGAAGGAGGGAUAUGAAGCCAUUCUGCAAGAGCGAGAAGAGCAACACCACAACUACAUCAUCAGCUUGAAGAAACAAAUUUCCCAGCUGAAGGCUCAGCUCCAGGGCAGGAGUGAGCAACUUAAGAACAUGCAGGACCAGUACCCAGAUCCCUCAGACAUUCGGCUUGACCACAGUGAUCCAGAGAAGGCCCAGGCUAACCUGCUGGCUUUCCUCCGUUCCCAAAUAGACAAAGCAGAGGUGUACAGUGGCAUUAAGGUGUCCACGGAGUAUGCUGCCAUGCCCUUUGAGAGCUUUACCCUACAGAAGGUGUACCAGCUGGAGACAGGGCUCACGCGCCACCCAGAAGAGAAGCCUGUAAGGAAGGAUAAGCGAGAUGAGUUAAUAGAGGUGAUUGAGUUAGCUGUUGGGAGCUUGAACAGGCCAGAAGGGGAUGGCAAUGCAAAGCACCGUGUAUACACAGCCUCUGACUUCAUUGAAGGGAUCUACCGCACAGAAAAAGACAAAGGCACGUUAUAUGAGCUGACUUUCAAAGGAGACAAAAAACAUCAGUUCAAGAGGAUUGUUUUGUUCCGGCCAUUUGGUCCUAUAAUGAAAGUAAAAAAUGAAAAUGUCAAUAUGGCUGACACACUUAUUAAUGUCAUUGUGCCAUUGGCCAAGAGAGCCAGCAAAUUUCGGCAAUUCAUGCAGAAUUUCAGGGAAAUGGGCAUUCAGCAGGAUGGGAGAAUUCACCUCACUGUAGUUUACUUUGGAAAAGAACAAAUGAAUGAAGUCAAAUCAAUACUUGAAAACACCUCCAAGUCAACCAACUUCAAGAACUUCACCUUCAUCCAGUUGAAUGAAGAAUUUUCCAGGGGUAAAGGAUUAGACGUUGGUGCUCGAUUUUGGAAAGGAAGCAAUGUUGUUCUCUUUUUUUGUGACGUGGACAUAUACUUCACAGCUGAAUUCCUGAACUCCUGUAGAUUGAACACACAGCCAGGGAAGAAGGUGUUUUAUCCUGUUCUCUUCAGCCAAUAUAACCCCAGUAUUAUUUAUGGCCACCAUGAUUCUAUCCCAUCUUUAGAACAGCAGCUGAUUAUUAAAAAAGAAACUGGAUUUUGGAGAGACUUUGGUUUUGGGAUGACUUGCCAGUACCGGUCUGAUUUUAUCAACAUAGGUGGCUUUGAUCUGGACAUUAAAGGCUGGGGUGGUGAAGAUGUACAUCUGUACCGCAAAUACCUUCACAGCAACCUCAUCGUGAUCCGCACACCUGUCAGAGGGCUCUUCCACCUGUGGCACGAAAAGCAAUGUCUGGAUGAGCUGACCCCAGAGCAGUACAAAAUGUGCAUGCAGUCCAAGGCCAUGAACGAGGCUUCUCAUGGCCAGCUUGGGAUGCUUGUUUUCAAGCAAGAGAUUGAGACACACCUCCACAGGCAGAAACUGAACAGUAAGAAGACAUGAAGCCAGAAAGGGAGACAGCCUCUGAAUUGGACCAUAGGGUGAAUUGGACCAAGAGUUGACAACAAGAAGAGAGCGGAUGAGAUUGAAAGAGGAUGGAGCUUCCAGCAGACUGGCAGCAAAAGAAGAUGAAGGAGGGUGCUUGUCCUCCCUCCUGUUUUUUUCUUAAUAGAGCUUUUAAGUACUCCAUUAGUUUGGCUGUUCAACACUUGCUCUGAGGGAGACUUGAACACCUGAUGAGAUUCAAGAUCAAGUGAUUGGUGCAGUAUUCACAACAAAUGGAUGUACUCUUCCAUUUAAAUGUUUGUAAGACAUGUACAGUUAUUUAAAGGACUGACCAAUCCUUUAAAGGUAGGCCAAUAAUAAUGAGUUACUUUCUACAUCUAAUCUGGCAUAUCUAAAGAGAGCUAUUUUUAAUAAGUACAGAGCUCCUGCUCUGAGAAGGACAUCUGAUUGUUAACAACAGUUAAAGUGGAGUAACCAAAAAUCUUUUUCCCUUCAGAGGCUGGGGAAGGCACUAACAGAAUAUACACAGUUCAUUUAGAGACAAGAGGCAUCUCAGAAAGUGCUUUCUAAAAUUCAGAAAGAGAAAGCCCCACCAGUCAAGGGUGAUGUUUCAAAAAUGCUGGAGGGUAGUGUUUGUUCUCUUCUGUGGAUAGUGAGCCAAAAACAAUGAGCCAUGUCUGUAUCUCAUGAAUCAGAUUAUAUAUUUCUGCUUUACAAUACUGUAAGUAUCUCAAGAUGUAUUUUAAAAUGAAGUUGAUUUUCCUUGGGAAUUAUUUUGUUAUACUUCAGGUUUUCUACUUCUGGCCUCACUAGGGAACAGUACAAACUUCCAACACUCGGAAACUGCUCUGCAGUUCUGUGUUUCCUAUGGAUGGGAGGUGGUUUCAGAUAAGUGAUUUUUUUCUGCAUAAUCUGGGUGCUGGAAGGCAGAAGUUUUAUGAUGCUGAAGACGUGUGAAUACACAUCAACUUGCAAUACUGAUUUAGGAGGAAGCUUUAAACUCUGAAUGUCAGAUGCCAAUAUCGAUGAACAUUUUCUGACUUUAUACCAAAGUAUUCCAUUUAAACCAAAUACAGAAUCUUUCCCAGGGUAUAUCAAGCUUUUUGUAAUUAACAAAAUAAAUUUUUUUAGUACAUUACUGGACCCUGCAAAUUCUCUUAUGAUAAUUAUAGGUGCAUCCUAAAAAUUAGUCUCUUCCUUAAUAGAAUUUUUUUCAAUUGCCUGCAACUGCUGAAAGCAUGAGUUACUGCUUUUAUAAAGCAUUUUCUUUUAAUGCUGACUGCUGUUUAUCAUUUUUAUAUAUACUAGCCAGGACAAAAUUCAUGGGCUUGGAAAUCCCAUUUGCUUACCUAAAUGCUGUUUCUCUGAGCACUCUCUUUUUUCUAUAGUCAGAUUAAUUCAAGGCAGUCUGAAAUGAGGUUCUAAUUUGAUUUUUGGCUUGUAAAAGCUGGGGGAAGAAGUAUGCAAGAAAGCACUGACAAUGAAUAAAAUGUCAUUUGCCAUGCCACUGUGCAGUAAGAAGAAAGCUUAGGAACCUCUUGUGAAAGCAUUGCAUGCAGAAUCUGCAGACAGAGACCACACUACUGGCCAUGCUACUGUAAGUACCUUUUCCCUUGACAUAUAUUAAACAUGUGCUUGUCUUUUGUUGGAUGAAAAUGAUCUGCAUGGCAUUUGCCUUGCAAAUCAUCAAAUGUCCAGAAGCACUGCAAAAGUACAAAAAGAAUGGAAACUGCAUGCUUUAAAAUCCCAGCCCCCAAAUACAUCACUUACCACCAGCAAUAACUCAAGUAGGUUGUUCUAAGAACUUUUUUGUUGUCAGAAUACAAGAUAAAGUGCUUCUAAGGAGCUUUGUUUUGAUGGAGUAACUUUACAAAUACGAUGCAGUAGAAGGAGACAGUCAUGACCUAUUGAAUGCAUAUGAGAGCUAUACGAACUGAGCUGCACCAGGGUGAUAGUUGUUCCUACAGUCUCACUUAACCUGAAUUUGAAACUGGUUAAUGUAUGUUAUGAAGUCUCAUAAUCAUAACCUGCCUCAAACCUAGCCUUAACCAUUUCCAUGAUUUUUUCUUAUUAUCUCCCCUUAGGUUUCCCUAAGCCCUCAGCAACUUAAUGUAACUAGGUUGGCUACACUUGUAGAGCAGGGCUAGACCAGAUGAUCUCCAGAGGUCCCUUCAAACCUAUAUUAAUCUCUAAUUCUAAGCACUGGGCACUUGUAAAUUCAACACUUUGUUACUUUGGGUACUUUAGCAAGCAUGUUAUCCAGCCCCUGUCCAAGUUUCACAAGGUAUGUUUAUAAAUAGCACCUUCCUGAUUGCCUUGCACAUCCUUUUCCUCUUGCCAGGCAUAAUACUGUCUGUGCAGUUCCUGUUCCUUGGCUACAGAAGCCAGUUUGGCAAGAGGUAAGAUUAAAUCAAUGCUGGAGAGAGCCAGCCUGAGGCUAGCUCAGUGGUGCACAGGAGCAUCUAAUCACAGCAGGUAGGGACUGUGCUGAUAUGAGAGAGGAAGAACAACAUGACAAAGAGAAGCUGCUGUUAGCUGUGUUUAUAUGAGCCAAAUGAAGCUCUAACAGGUCUUCCAGAUCAGUUAGAAAAAAGAUGAAAUAUGAACACAGCAGCCAAGAAAGCCAUAGCUUUUGCUAGGCAGCUCUCUAUCUUCCUUGUCCCAGAAACUGUGUGUGAUCUUUCUCAGAAUGGCAACUGGCUGGAUAUUAGUUGGGGAGGGAAUAGAGAUCACCCUGUGUAGGUUGGGGAGACCAUGUAGGGACUCCUUGCUUUAAUUUUUGAUGAGUGUUGCAUGCUCUAGCUAAAGACAUAGAGGCAUUGGGGCAAAACACAUUGCUGUAUCCUUCUGUGUGACAUGACCUUUCCCGCAGGCAACUUUCAAAUUACAUUUGUAAUCCUUGCACAGCAUCCCUUGAUGAAAGAAAAAUUGUGCACAGAUUAUACAAGCCAGCACCCUUGAUUCCUGACCACUGUGAGUCAUCUUUGCUCCAUGCUUUCAGAAUUCAAAGCAAUAGCAGAGCCAGUCUUGAGGGCAUCUGUUCUGGCAAGUGUGCUGCCUUUGCAGUCAGUGCAGUUGCAAAGUGUAGCUAGAAAACUUCAGGUUUCUUCCCUCACAGCAUACAAGUGAAGCUGGGAGUCUUUAAAAAAACUUUGGCAUGAUUCUUAAAUGGGGGACAGUUAUAAACACUGAUAGUGGCUUUCCCUGAGCCCUAUGGAGCCAACAUUUGCAACCAGGUGGUUGUAAUGUAAAGUUAUGUGAAGGUAACAAUUCACUGGUCAGCAGGUCAAGCCCAGAGUAGUUCCACUGUAGAUCUUAGAGAUAAAAUUGAUCAUGUCCUGCUGGGUCAAUGACAGAUCAGCCUGCACCUCAUUUAUGCAAGUUAACACCCUGUCUUUCAAACUGCCUUUUUCAAGGAGACUCUGUCCCCUGUUUUCACCAGCCCAUAGAUACACAAAACACUUCAUGAUUUGUCUCCAGCAGGACUACAAGCUAUGGCAUGUUCUUCACAUGAGAACAGAUGCUAACUUUUCUCUAGGAGCUCUGAAUGACCUUUCAUUUUGGCCAUAUUUUUGAGAAGAAACUGUUAAUGAAGAGAGAAGAAGGGAUUUUAUUUUUCCCCUACAAAUAUCUAGCACCACCUCUCAUGACCAAUGCAGAUUACGUUGAUUAUGCAGAGUAUGUUGAUUAUGCAGAUUAUGUCCCUCUGACAUUUGGGAUACAGUGCUCAAGAAGCAGCUCGAGUCAUCUGCCUUGCCAGUGUUGUUACUUUCAGAAUCUCACUUUACAUGAAGCAAGUUAAACCUUCUGUAACUGGAGUGCAGUUAUCCUCUUUCUUUGUAUGGAAACUACCUAUCAGCAUAGCUGUACACUUUAAGACCAAAAGAUUACAACUAUUUCUUUUCAUCUAUUCUGCAGAGCCAAGAUCAGUGUAAGGCUGAAGUUUUUGACUGCUUCCUCAAGUUAAGCAGA